AUGGAUAUAACGGUAACUCAAAUCGUUUCCGUACGUUACGUCAAUGUCAAACAACGUGCUAUCAAUUUCGUGGACUAUCUCGUAGCUGUGGAAACGAAUUGUUUUUUAUCGCUUGAUGGUGGCGAUCAAUUCCCAAAUGAAAAGAAAUUACUGGAAUACGAUAUUAUUACAAUCAGAAGAAUGAACGCUGUGAGCGAUUUUGGUAUUCCGGAUGUGCCGGAAAUGGAAAUCCUACAAUGUGUCACGUUUAACUACAGCGAAUGCAACGGGAAUCAGAAUCGUUUCGCUGCCGAAUAUUCAUGCAAUGUUCUGUGUGAAGGCUUAAAACGUCCUUUGCAAGAUGAAUGUUUCGAGCCAUUGGAUCGUGGACAUUGGUGUCAAUCAAUGCCCAAUCGUUAUUAUUAUAAUUUUGAGACAAAUACCUGUACAAGUUUCCUUGGAAAAAGUCGAAAUAUAUUCACAACACAGCAAGAGUGUGAGAAAAAAUAUAAUAUUACUGGCGAAACCAUACAGCUAACAAGCUAUCUUUGUUUAAUGGAAUCAGAUAGUAUUUUUCAUACACAGAUUUUAUCAAUUACAAAUGGUGACGAGAAAUGCCAUUUGGUACAACUGUGGCUGAAAGGUAUUCAUCUAUAUUAG